GUAGUGAACUGGGGCAAACAUUCUUCCUAGGCUGAGCGAUGCUGUGUGCGAGCACUUGAGUGGCAGAGGUGGGAAGAGCAGCUGCAGUUCUUUUGAAAUACCCAGGAGCCGGCAGACUCUGGACAGCAUGAAACAAACCACUGAGACCCUGCUGCGUCUAGCCCCUGCUGAAGUGGCCAACCUCAAGGAAGGAAUCAAUUUUUUUCGAAAUAAGAGCACUGGCAAAGACUACAUCUUGUACAAGGAUAAGAACCACCUGAAGGCAUGCAAGAACGUGUGCAAGCAUCAAGGAGGCCUGCUCAUCAAAGACAUCGAGGAUCUGGAUGGCAGGUCUGUUAAAUGCACGAAGCACAACUGGAAGUUAGAUGUGAGCACCAUGAAGUAUACCAACCCUCCUGGGAGCUUCUGUCAAGACGAACUGGUUGUUGAAAUGGAUGAAAAUAGUGGACUUUUACUUCUAGAACUAAAUCCUCCUAACCCCUGGGAUUCAGAUCCCAGGUCUCCUGAAGAUUUGGCUUUCGGGGAAGUGCAGAUAACAUAUCUCACGCACGCCUGCAUGGACCUCAAGCUGGGCGACAAGAGGAUGGUGUUUGACCCUUGGUUAACGGGUCCUGCCUUUGCCCGAGGAUGGUGGUUGCUACAUGAGCCUCCGUCAGACUGGCUGGAGAGGCUGUGUAAAGCAGACCUGAUCUACAUCAGCCACAUGCACUCAGACCACCUGAGUUACCCCACACUACAGAAGCUUUCUGAGAGAAGACCAGAUGUUCCCAUUUAUGUUGGCGACACGGAAAGACCUGUGUUUUGGAAUCUGAACCAUAGUGGGGUCCAGUUGACUAAUAUCAACGUGGUGCCAUUUGGAGUGUGGCAGCAGGUAGACAAAAAUCUUCGAUUCAUGAUCUUGAUGGAUGGCGUUCAUCCUGAGAUGGACACUUGCAUUAUUGUGGAGUACAAAGGUCACAAGAUACUCAACACAGUGGACUGCACCAGACCCAAUGGAGGAAGGCUGCCCAUGAACACUGCUCUAAUGAUGAGUGAUUUUGCUGGAGGAGCAUCAGGCUUCCCAAUGACCUUCAGCGGUGGGAAAUUCACUGAGGAGUGGAAAGCCCAGUUCAUUAAAACAGAGAGGAAGAAGCUGCUGAACUACAAGGCUCAGCUGGUGAAAGACCUGCAACCCCGAAUCUAUUGUCCCUUUGCUGGGUAUUUUGUGGAAUCCCACCCCUCAGACAAAUACAUUAAGGAAACAAACACCAAAAAUGACCCAGAUCAACUCAACAAUCUUAUCAAGAAAAACUCUAACGUGGUAACAUGGACCCCACGGCCUGGAGCCACCCUUGACCUGGGAAGGAUGCUAAAGGACCCAACAGACAGCAAGGGCAUUGUGGAGCCUCCGGAAGGGACUAAGAUUUACAAGGAUUCCUGGGACUUCGCGCCAUACCUGGACACCCUGAGUGCUGCUGUAGGUGAUGAGAUCUUCCUUCACCCAUCAUGGAUAAAAGAAUACUUCACCUGGGCUGGAUUUAAGAAUUACAACCUGGUGGUCAGGAUGGUGGAGACAGAUGAGGACUUCAACCCCUUUCCUGGAGGGUAUGACUACUUGGUGGACUUUCUAGAUCUAUCCUUUCCUAAAGAAAGGCCAAGCCGGGAGCAUCCCUACGAGGAAAUUCGCAGCCGAGUGGACGUCAUCAGACACGUGGUGAAGAACGGGCUCCUCUGGGAUGAUUUGUAUAUAGGAUUCCAGACCCGGCUCCAGCGGGACCCUGACAUAUACCACCACCUGUUUUGGAAUCAUUUUCAAAUAAAACUCCCACUGACGCCACCCAAUUGGAGGUCCUUCCUGAUGCACUGCGGUUAGAGGGACCUAGGAUUUCCCAGGGAUGCCAGACGACAUGAAGAAUUCAAGAAUCCUCCUGUUCCAUCUCGAACACGAGUUCAUCCCUGAGAAACCAUGCUUUGUCACAUAAGCAACGAUGUCAUGCUGCCUUCCUGAGAUGUUUACGAAACUUAUCCAUCACUACGUAGUCAGAUAUUCAAAUAUAUUUUUCUGGGGGUGUCGCUCAGAGGCAUGAGUGUAUACUUAGAUGCA